UUGAUGCUGUGAGCAGCAGCAGAGAGGAGGAGGAAAAGGAAGAGGAGGAGUCGCUCAAUCAACUGUUGGCCUCUCUGCUCCAUAAUCUGGAUUAUAGAGUUUCCAGGUCCGGUCUGUCUGCAGCCUGCGCGACUCCCAAUAAUCCCAUUAUUCUCUAUUGGGUUGACGCCUCCUGAAGCGGUCAGGAAGAUGUGAGAUCUGUGAGACUGUGACGCUACUCCUGCUGCUGCUGCUGCUGCUGCGUUCAUCUUCAAAGAGGAAACUGUUUAUUUGGAUGCAAAAAAAAUCUAGCGAGGAGUUUUGCAAACGAGGAUUGGCGAGCAUUUGAGUAAAGUUGAGUGAAUUUCUGUUGUGUUUUUAUGCCUGGAUGCAUGGUGCAGCAGCAGCACUGUGCGCUCUGCAGCAUCCACACUGAGCACUGCAGCCUGAGACCAGCUGGUCAAACAUGCCACAUUCAGCAUCCAACAUGAUGGACUAUAAGCUACCCGAGGAGGAGGGUGUUACAAGUCUACAUCCCAGUGCUAGUGCCGUGCUCCGUGUCUUCAGAGACUCCGUUUGUUGACUCACAGUAGCUCCUGGUUGACGGGCAGCAUGGAAGAGAGCAAGCUCAUCUUCAGCCUGGACGGCCACGACGACGGUCCCAUCGUGGCCUUCUCCAAAGACAAACCCCGAAGCAGGAAGAGCCAGCCUGACCUCACCCUCGGGAUGGAUUUGGACCUGAGUCUAGGUCACCGCUCCCAGCCUCCCUACCUGCCUCACUCCCCCUCAUCCCCGGGAUCUUUAGCCGAUCUGUCAGCGUCAUCAGCAGACGUGCUCAUCACCACCAACCUGGUCAAGUCCUCCUCCACGGACCUGGAGCCGAGGGAGAGCGGCUCCAAGCGAGGCAAACCUCUGCUCAGCCUGGUCAAGUCCCUCAGCACCGAGAUCUCCCGCCGGGUCGAGCCAGAGGUCAACCUCUCCAAGUCAGACUCCAAGCUGCAUCUGCAUCCCUGGAAGCAGCUCACUCAUCAGAAAAUCCCCGAGGCCAGCAGACCUGAAGCAGGAGGGCUGAAUGAGAACAACGACUGGGUGUCACCUCCUCCCGCCGGCGUGCCCCCCGCGGCUGAGCCCCGGGGCAGCUCGCUGAUCGCCGAGCUGGAGGACACGCGGAGAAAGUUCUCCGAGGCCAUGCAGGAUCCGAUGAGCAUGCUGAGUAAGAUCAUGGGGGAUGAAAGCCCCAAGCAGGCGAGGGCGUCUGCUGCCGGAGACUCACCGUCCUCCCAAGGCAGCACUGGAAGAGACGGGGGCGGCGAAGACGCAGACCUGAAGUGCCGUAGGAGAACCGAAGGUGUGUGUGACACGCCUCUGAGAACUCUCCAAAAGGGCUCCUUAACCAAAUCCUCCCCAGAACGCCACGGCAGUGACAGCCAUUUAGAAAUCCACACUUAUGGAGACGUGAUCCAGGUGGUGGAGCUCCAGAAGGGAUCACAUCAUAGAACUUACGCCCAGUCUCGAGUCACAGUACCGGGCUCGUCGCUGCCUCUUCACUGGCUCUUCCCCGUGGGUCUUCUGGCUUACGGUUUCUUUGUGUUGCCGCUGCCCUCCUACGUGACGGGUCUGUCCGUGGGGGUUGCAUGUGGCUUCAUGUUGGGCCUGGUGGUGGUGUUCAUGUUCGCCCCGCGACGCUCAUCUGCCAGAAGUAACAAGGGUUUGAACAAAUCCAGACCUCUGAACAUGGACCCACUGGAUGGAGAGCUCACAGAUCCAGAAAUCCUCGAGGGCUGGAUGAACGAGACGCACAGCUACGACCCGGAGACUUUCCACCCCUCCGUCACACACUCCGUCUACGUCACCCUGGAGGGCAGCCGGCUGCGCCUGGCGUACCCACGUGCCAACAUCCCCCGGUGGGCAGCGUUUGACGAGGCGUCCCACGAGGCCGUGUUUUUGCGUUCACGCACUUAUCAGCUGGCUAACUGUAAGGUGACUCUGUUGCCGCCCGGUUUGGCUCGCAAGAGGAUCUGGAACAAGAAGUACCCCGUCUGCGUCACUCUGGCUGAGGGGGAGGUGGGAGAGGAGAGCGUGGUCGAAGGGCAGGAGGAGGAAGAAAGGGCUGAGAGACACGCGGCGACAGACCAGCAGCUUCCUGUCACCUUGUACCUGUUUGGCCGCACAGGAAGAGAGAAGGAGGAGUGGUUCCAGCACUUCCUGUCUGCCUCCCGAGCUGGAGCCAAGAGCGGCGUGAGCGGGGAGGAGAACGCAGACACACCGUGUGGCGGAGAUGCUGCUAAAGAAAGCACGGAGGAGCCGCACGAUUUGACGGCAGCCAUGAAAACAAGAACGCUGUUGGAGUACAGCACCUUCAUGACUCAACUGAUUGGCUCGCAGAGCUGCAGUCCCACCCCCAGCCCCUGCCAUAGUGACCAGGAGAGCCCCACAACCCACCAGAAGACUCACAAUGAAGAGCAGGGAUCUGGAGGUCAAGCUGGAGCUGAGCCCGGUGCAGGUUCAGGGACGGAGGGACGCUCUGCGGAGGGCCAGCCCACCUGGGUGAACUCCCUGGUGGGACGGAUCUUCUGGGACUUUCUGCGGGAGAAGUACUGGACCGAUCAGGUGGCGCACAAGAUCCAGAAGAAACUCAGCAAGAUCAAGUUGCCGUACUUCAUGAAUGAGCUGAAGCUGGCAGAUCUGGACAUGGGCACUUGUCUACCUCAAGUCCUCAGCACCUCCUCACCUACACUGGACCGUAGAGGCCUGUGGCUGGAGCUGGAGGUGGUGUACACAGGCUGCCUUCAGAUGACCCUGGAGACGAAGAUGAACCUGUGCAAACUGGGUAAAGACGCAGAGGACGAGGCUCACAGCGUUCUAGAGACCCAGCAAGUCGGCUCUAAGCCCAGGCUGUGUAUACUGGCUGAUAGUGAUGAAGAGUCAUCCAGCGCUGGCUCAUCUGAUGAAGAGGACGUCCCCCCCUCUGAGCCGCAGGGGUCUCCGGGAGACAAGAGCACAGUGGUCGCAGCCGAAGGGCACACUGGUGGCAGCACAAGUAGGAAGAUCUUGAGAUUUGUGGACAAGAUAGCAAAGUCCAAAUACUUCCAGAAAGCCACCGAGAACGAGUACAUCAGGAAGAAGAUCGCUGAGGUGUCCAACAUGCCUCUGAUGCUCAGCGUCGAGGUCCUGGAGCUCUCUGGUACUCUGGCCGUCAACAUCCCACCUCCCCCUACUGACAGGAUAUGGUACAGUUUCCGGGUGCCUCCCAGGUUAGACCUUCAUGUGCGACCCACGCUCGGGGAGAGGGAGGUCACCUUCACUCACGUCACUGAGUGGAUCGAGAAAAAGCUGCAGUGUGAGUUCCAGAAAGUGCUUGUGAUGCCCAAUAUGGACGAUCUCUACCUGCCCCUGAUGACAUCUGGCCUGGACAACCCACCUGCCUCCCGCCACUCCUCAUUCCAGUCCUCGUCCCACCAGUCUUCCAUGGAGUCCCAGGAGUACCUGUCAGAGUAGUGCCCCCUUUGAGGCCACAGAUGGGAUUAUGUCGAUUAUGUGCAGCUAAUAGCCGUGAAUCUCUAAUUGAUUCUGAGGGCUGCUGCAGCUAGGUACCGGCUUGGUGUUUAUCCUGAGCGUGUUGGUUGUAACCAUGCAGGAUAUAGAUGCCUCCUGAAGGCACGCUGAGCACGGCGGCAGCGACCUCGGGACUGUGAGAACGGUGCUAAAGUGCCCCCUACUGUGAAGAUGAGUGUACACCAGUUAAAGCACAUUAAAUACACCGAAAGGGAACUCUUUUUUAUUUGAUGCCAACUCUGAUAAAAGAUGCAAAAACUGGAUUUUCUUUACUGCACGUCAAAACAAGGUGUUGAAGAUGAUUGAACAAACAGUUUCAAAUCCACUGAUCCUGUUACAUGGAGAUGAUACUGAUGAUGGUUGUGUUAAAUCCAGCUACCAUGGUGCAUGUGAUUUCUUUCUAUAAUGCUCAUGGAUUUAUCGGUGAAUAAAAACCUGUUCGAGACUUUAAA